UUCUCAUGACUACUCACUCAGCACAUGAUGUUUUAGAUGAUUUUGUUUCUGAAUUGAAAGUGUUGCUGAUGGCACUAUCAAAUACACUCAUGCCAGCUGAUCAUAUAUUUGAGUUUAUUAGAGCAAUAGUUGAACAUGUUUUUUCAAAAUUGAAAGCUAAUGGAAAAUUAUUUGAGGUUAACUAUUUCAAGAAAGACUGAAUGGUCUGGCAAUAUGUUGUAUUGAGAAGGAUGUGUUGGCCAACAUUGAUCUUGACACUAUCAUUAAUGAUUUUCCAUAAAAAAUGCAUGAAGUAGCUAUUUCUCAUGACUACCAGAGGCUUGAAUUCAUUAGCAUGUCACUUCUUUUUUUGUUAUGCUCUAAAUUCUAUGAUAUUGUAUUUAUAUCUGAAGUAAGACACUAUUAUGAUAUAUUAUUUACCAUCGAAAAUUAUCAUUGUUUACUAUAGCUUUGCAAGAAUUUUUUCUAUCGAUGUAUGGAAUCAAUUUUUCCCCAAUGUCGACGCUGGAGACAUUCAUUUGAGUUCGCCCCAAGGCCUCCGAUACCCCAGGACCGGCGCUGGCUUCACGUCUCCAGCGAGACUGGGAGGAAGAGUCGCCCGCCCUCUGCUCAUCCUUCCUGGCUGCCCCCAUCACCGGCGACGGUGACUGCGGUGAUCACAGCUUGGUUCAGAAUACAUGGGAUUUGAUUUGUCAAUAUCCACAAGCACACGACCUGCACUUUUUAUCGGCAGCAUUCUCGUGCCUGACAUUCAUCACAUGACCAUUCUACUAUGUUGCAUCAAGAACAAUUGUGUCCGCACAAUACCUGCAGAAUCAAUCGAUGACAAGACAAAGUUGAAAGGAUUUAGCGAAUUUGAGAAUACAUAUUAUAAAAGACCCAAGAUAAAUGGCAGAUGUUGGUGCCAUACUUUUGAAGUGUUGAUGGAAACUAACAAGCAUUUGUGUCGUAAAGCAAUAGAAAUGUGUAAAUCACAGUCACAACAAGGUAUGGUGAUCCUGCCGGCGGAAAAGAAGUCACGGAUUGUUGACCUUACAUGGCAACCUUGUAUCAGUUUUGGCUAUACAAACUUGCCUCUCUCCUUGGGAGCCGGAAUCUCUGACUUGAACGAGGGAAGUCAGGGAGCUACAGCGUUCUCCUUGUAUAGAAAAGAUAAGGCAAGUGAGAGACCUUGUGAAAUUGAAAUUGAUCUUCUUAAAAAAGUGAAAUUAGUUUUUUUAAUGAGUCUUUUGAAAUUGAAAUUGGUAUGUGCGAAUUGAAAUUGAUUAUUUAAAAAUUGAAAUUGGUCUUUUGAAAAUUGAAAUGAGUACCCUUCAUGGAGCUAGAGAGAAGUGAAGUCAGAUUACUGUAGCUCCCUUGAUUUCACUUCAUAAGUCAAAGGAUCCAGCGGACUUUUUAUGUUGUAUGCAAUUGUGGUAGUAUGGCUCUAAUGAGUUUUCGCGAACUGCAUCUUGUGAGUGUUAUAUGUUAGAGAUAAGCCACGACUGUGUGCGCGUCGAGCCAGACCCCGGUGCGUGGCUGCGUUGAUGGUCGUGGCGAGUGUGCCGGUCAAGUUAGAUAGCUACAUGUGUGCUGGAUCGGUUGGAUCCUGGAGUGAGUCUAGGAGAAG